CUCCUCGCAGUCUUAGCGUUCAGACGUGUUUUCUUUGAGUCGUACUACCUAUAUUAUCUUGCUGCGUGUUAUCGCUCUUAUUUUAGUUGUGCGUUAAUUAUGUCGUCGUCCUCGGGCGGCACAAAUCGUGCCGGCCAAAACCAGUUUUCAAACAAGCUUAAAAAUCAACAAGUCAAAAACACUGCUGGCCCCGGUUACCAGGUAGUCGGAAAAAAUGGUAAGCCAAUCAAAAAUUCUUGUCCAGUUUCACCAAAUUUCCAACAAAUUAUUGACAACCCGCCGACUCUAGAUAUAUCUAACUCCUCAUUCAAUUAUAGCUCUUUAUCUACACUAACCGCAAUUACGUCGGGGUCUACGGCUAACGAUAUGGAUUUGAUUGUUAAUGAUCGUUCUAAUGAGUUCGAUACUGGUUGUACUUUUUCUUCACUUAAUGAUACUUCUAUUCAAUCUACCUUCCCAACCAACAGCGAUAUGGCAAACACUAAUAAACAUAUCAAUUUAUUGCAAAAGUCGUUUUCGCCAGAUUAUAUCGGGCCUAUAACCAUUCUCGUUGAAAGUACGGACGCUAAUAUAAAUUUAGGAAACUGGCAUCCUAUUAAGGCCGCUAAAUUUUUCUCAAACAAUUUCUCUGGUAUUACUAAUAUUAAACCUGCGGGUUCAAAAAAAAUAAAAAUUUCUUUCGACACAAUUUUUAAUGGUAAUUGCUGCUUGAAUUCAAGCAUCUUAAAGGAGAAUAAUUAUAAUGCAAUUAUACCUUCUACUCUAAUUUUUUCUUACGGAAUAAUAAAAUUAGACACUACAGUCUCAGAAACUGAAUUUUUCGAAGGCGUCCGAUCCUCAGUCAAGAUUGAUGCAUUCAAACGCAUCAGUAUUAAAAAAAAUGAUCAAAUCGUUCAAACACGUAUAGUUGAACUUAAAUUCGUCGCUCCGAAAAUACCAUCCAUUAUCUCUGUAUUUAAUAUGAUCUUUGAUGUCAAGCCCAGUGUCCGGUCUCCCGUUCAAUGCAAUCGUUGUUUACGUUUUGGACAUACACAAAAAUAUUGUCGUAGCUGUCCCAGGUGCAGUCACUGCGGUGAAAACAAUCAUUCGGUUGAUUUAUGCCCACGCGCUCAAUCCACUGAUCCUGUAUGUCUUUUCUGCAAGCAACCUCACUUAGCCACUGAUCGUAGUUGCCGCGAAUGGUCCACUCAAAAAGAAAUUAAACACAUCAUGGCCACCGAAAACAUUUCCUUUAAGGAUGCCUUAAUUUUUAAAAAAAAUAAUUGUUACACUAAUGCUUAUUCUUUUUCCGAUGUUGUUAAGAGCCAGCCUCCAAUCUCUGAAAUAUUAAAACCAAAUAUCUCCCUAGAGGAAGAAAACUUCCCCAGGCUAAAUAAUCACCAUCAUUAUUUCAAUUCUAGGAAGAUAAAACAAAAAUCUCGCUCCCCGAUUAAUAAAGAUAAAUUAAAUUUACCAGUUGAACCUCAUUUUUCUUCACCUAACGGUUGCUGUUUAACCAAUCUCCCUAAUCAAAGCCUUACCGGAGACAAUAAAUCUGCUGAUCUAUCUUGGAUUCAUUCUCUUUCUCUUAAACUCUCUGAAUCUCUUAUAAAUUCCCCCUCCCUAUUUUCCCCCUUUUCAUCCACCUCUCUUCAGUCCUUAAUUGAAUCUUCUCUAAAUUCACUCCUUAAUAUUCCAGAUUCUAAUUUCACCUCUGAUUAGUCUUGUAUUAUACACCAAAUGUCCUCACCACAGUUAUAGAAAAUACUAUAUAUAAUUUACUCACAAACUAACAUAUUAAAAAACAAAA